AUGGCCGCCGACGCAGCAGCCCCCGGCGCGGAAGCCGCCCAGAUGCCCUUUAUCAAGAACCUCGCCUCGAGCGACCGCAAGCUGCGCACGCAGUCGCUCGACGCCCUGCAGGCCUUCCUCGCCAGCCGCGCCGCCGGCCUGCCCGCCGCCGACGCCCGCCGCCUGUGGACCGGCCUCUUCUACGCGCUGUGGAUGACGGACCGCCCGCGCCCGCAGCAGGCCCUCGCCGCCGCCCUCGCCGACCUGCUCUUCGCGCUGCCCGCCGCCGCCGCCGUCGGCACCUGGCUGCGCGCCUUCUGGGCCGUGCUGUCGGCGCAGUGGGCCCGCAUCGACGCCCUGCGCCUCGACAAGUUCCUCCUGCUGGUGCGCAGGGUCUUUGCCGCCCACGUGCGCUAUGCGCGCAUGCGCGGCUACCGCUUCGCCGCCGCCGGCGAGGACGAUGUCGUCGCCGUCCUGGCCGAGGCCUGCUUCGACGCCGACGAGGCCGCCGCCGACGCCCCCACCGGCGCCCGCGUCGCCCUCGGCCUGCGCCUGCACGCCCUCGACGUCUGGGUCGACGAGCUCGAGCGCGAGCGCGCCCUGCGGCCCGGCCCCGACGCCGCCCUCGACGCCGCCCGCGCCGCCUUCGUCGCCCGCCUCGGCGCCGUCGUCGACGCCCUGCGCGCCGCCUGCCCCGUCAAGAGCGUGCGCCGCCGCGCCGCCGAGAGCUAUGCCGACCCGCGGCUCCCCUGGGCCCAGGCCGCUGCCGACGAGGAGGCCAUGGACGUGGACGGCGGAGACGGCGGCGGCGACGAGCAUGACGGCGACGAUGGCUGGGGCGGUAUCGAGGAUUGA